AUGACGGCAGCGAAUCACGUGAUCUUAAAAGGCUUCUGUCCCUACUUGCAACCACUGCUCCAAGAGAAGAGUGCAACUUAUAGAAACCAAAGGGGUUUCAGCAGCCAUCCCCUGCAAAAACACUUUUUGGAGAUUCUCACCACUUUGGUCAAAAAUAGACUCUGCAGUGAAUGGAUGAACCAUGCAUCACCAAAGUCUGUCCAUAGAGUGCUGAUCUGUUUAAGGUUAUUGAUUAGGGAGCCACUUUAUCAGACAUUUUUUCAUCAGCUCCAAGGUGUCACAUUUCUUGCCAUGUACAUGGAGUCAGAAUCCAGUGUUUAUCUUCAAAGUGGGGAACAGCCGUUUGCUAUGGAGAAACUGGUGACCAUGACCUGUAUGUUUCAGAAACUAUCUGCUGUGGAGGAUCAAAGGGGGUGGGUUAUAGAGAGUGGAGCUCAUAAGACCCUGGUAAAACUUCUAUCAACUAGAGAGAGUAAUGUGUUACUGGGUGCACUCCUAACUCUCACUACGUUGGCCGAGAGUUCAAAAUGUAAGGAGAAGAUAGGAGAACUGCCAGUAGUGGAAAACCUUAUUGUGAUACUUCAAGAAUAUGACUUACUUUCAAAGCGAAUAAGUGCUGAGCUGCUAAGACUCCUCUCCCCUGUGGGGCGGGUGCGAGACCAAGUACGAGAGUGUGAGGGCCUCCCCGUUCUGCUCAGCCUACUCCACGGGGAGCACUUGAAGCUGCUGUGGAGCGUGGUGUGGGUCCUGGUCCAGUUGUGUGAAGAACCAGAGACCCGUGCGGAGAUACGUACCUGGGGAGGGGUGCAACAGAUUCUCCACAUUUUGAACAGUGAGCGCAUGUAUGUGUCUGACCGCUCUACCAUUGAGGCACUAUCCAGCGCCAAUGCAGCGGGCCGCAUUCAAAGACAGCACAUAAGUGAAGAACUUAGCCCCCAAGAGGAGAUGGACAACACCAUAGCCCUGCAGUCAGCAUGUUGUGCAGCUCUAACUGAGCUCGUUUUGGAUGACACAACUGCACAUCAUAUUGUCCAGGAAAAUGGGAUCUAUUCAAUAGCUAAAUUGAUUUUACCAAAACGCUCUCAAUGUGGACCUCAACCUAACACCUUACAGUGCUACGCAUUCCGGACUCUUCGUUUCCUCUUCAGCAUGGAACAAAACCGUCAUCUUUUUAAAAGACUCUUUCCUACAGAACUUUUUGAGAUGUUUAUUGAUGUUGGACAUUAUGUGCGAGAUAUCACACCCUAUGAGGCGCUGCAAGCCAAAGUCUCUUUCUUCACUGACGAGGAAUUGGAGAGCCUGAGAGAAAACAUAGAGGCUGUGGACCAGAACCGGCCUCCUCUGAGAGUAAUUAAUGGCUACGCCAUACUGGACCACCUUGGCACUGGGGCAUUUGGCAGUGUCUUCAAGGUACGGAAGCAGAGUGGACAGAACCUGUUGGCUCUGAAGGAAGUGAACCUCCACAACCCCGUGUUCGGCAAAGACAAGAGGGCCAGGGACAGCAAUGUGGAGAAAAUUGUGUCGGAACUCACGAUAAUUAAGGAACAGAUGACUCAUCCAAAUAUUGUGAAAUAUUACAAGACAUUCUUGGAAGGUGACCGACUGUAUAUUAUCAUGGAGUUGAUUGAAGGUGUUCCUCUGGCCAUCCAUUUCAACUCACUGAAAGAAAAACAGCAACAAAUUAUGGAAGAAAGAGUUUGGAACAUAUUCAUCCAGAUGUGUUUGGCAUUAAGGUACCUGCACAAGGAGAAGAGGAUCGUCCACCGAGACCUCACUCCUAAUAAUGUCAUGCUGGGAGAGAAGGACAAAGUCACCAUUACUGACUUUGGACUUGCAAAACAGAAACAGGAAAACAGCAAACUAACAUCUGUUGUUGGAACCAUCCUUUACUCCUGCCCAGAGAUAGUGAAGAGUGAGCCGUAUGGAGAGAAGGCAGAUGUCUGGGCCUUGGGGUGUAUCCUCUACCAGAUGGCCACCCUGAACCCUCCCUUUUACAGCAGCAACAUGCUCUCCCUUGCCACCAAGAUAGUGGAAGCUGACUACGAACCCGUGGUAGAAGAGGCCUUCUCAGAACGAGUCCCAGACAUGAUUAAAUGGUGCCUGACUCCUCAGGCUGAUCUGCGUCCUGACAUAGUCGCAGUCAGCUCCAAGAUCUCUGACAUCCUGAUGAAGUUUAUGGAUGGCCUCUACAUUAGCCAGCAUGCACUAGAGAAGAGAGCAGACCGAGACAGGAGGAGAGCACAGAAGUACUUCCUUGAAAGCCAUCGAGGCAGUAUGAGCAUGUCUCAGAUUGUUCAAUUUAAUCACUGCGAGAGGACAAUUCAGGAGUCCAAGACAACACAAUCUAUUUUAACCUGCAGGUCAAAUAAUAACCAACACAACCUCACACGAGGUGCUGACACAGAUGAUGAUGUUGAGUCAUCAGAUACCAGAACCAUCUCCACAGCAUCUUCAACUAAAGACACUGGGCCAGAAAAGCGCAGUGUCAGUGCCUCAGUUACACAUGACCAACAUCUAGCAGAGGGGGACUGUGCUAUACCCAAGCCCAGACCUAGGCCAAUGUCAGAAGGAAUCUGCGUUUCCCAUAAGAAGGUUCGUCAGAUUGAUGAUCCUAUCCAGAGGCUCCUGGUCCAGCUGCAUAAGAUCAUAUACAUCACCCAGCUUCCUCCAGCUUUAAAUCAUAAUGCCAAACGACGGGCGAUUGAGAGAUUCAAAAAGUCCCUUUUCCAGUAUGGUAGCAGUCCCUACAAUCUGAAGGUUGAACUCAAUAAGCUCCUCCAGUGUUCUCCAGAGCUGAUAGAGUCAGGCUCAGCCGGUUCAGAAUGGUGGUCCCUGGUCCAGUCUUUUGGGAGAGACUCUGUAUCUGCAAACAGCCCAGAUGAGCUGGGUGAUGGAAAUCUCAAGGAUGGAAUCACCUAUGACCAGAUGAAGGCCAUCAUAGAGGAGGUUCUGGAGGAGAAUGAAUACUAUAACACCACAGCUAGCAGACUACAGGACAAGCCAGGAUGAAGCUGGAGUGAACAAGAGCUAUUCUGCAGCCGCAACCAAGUGACCUUCAUGGUCCUAUAUCUGGAUGUUUGCUCCAACUAAUAUGGACCCAGCAAAUUAUUAUUCAGCUAUGAUCAGAAUAGUUGAUGUAUACUGUAUACAUACUAUUGUAAAAUGUUAUGUAAAAAAGUCACACACACACACGUGUAGGCAGACACACACAGGAAUAUGUAUACAUAUAAGAACAAGCUCACAUACACACACACACGCACACACACAUCGCUAUCUACUGUAUGGGACAU